UCCACCAGAGGAGCCCAGCCCCCACCAGAGGGAGGUUCAGGUCCAGACCCCCAGACUCCUGUCCUGAGGAUCAACCAGCUGGAUGCCUUUGAGCUGGACUCUGCUCUGGACCAGCUGGUGUGGAACCAGUUCUCCCAGUGUUUCCAACACUUCCGCCCAGGCCUGCUCACCCCCGUGGAGCCUGAACUCAAGGCCCUGCUUCAGCUCCUGCUCUGGAGGUUCACAGUCUACCCCAACAGUGCUACGGUGGGCCAGUCUAUGAUGAACCUCCGCUACCACAACACUCUGUCACUAUCCCAGCGCUACAGGGCCCUGAGCAGGAGACAGAGGCUGGGCCUGGCCCUGCUGACCAUCGGCCCCCGCUGGCUGACGGAGCGAUCCCACAGCCUGCUCCUCUCCCUGGGGUUGGGGAUGGGCGGCAGUCCCCCGGCCGAUGGAGGUCUGCGUCUGGGACUGCGUCGAGCUCUCUCUCUGAUCACCGGCUUUACCCAGGUAGGGUCAUAAAUUACAGUUCUGAGUUUUGAUUGGCUAGCUCAGCGUUUUCCAAACUCGGUCCUCGGGACCCCAAGGGGUGCACGUUUUGGUUUUUGCCCUAACACUACACAGCUGAUUCAAAUUAGUUGAUUAUUUGAAUCAGCUGUGUAGUGCUAGGGCAAAAACCAAAACGUGCACCGCUUGGAGUCCUGACCACCAAGUUUAGGAAACCCUGGGCUAGCUGUUCCUCAUCCCGCUGCUAUCUCCCCAGGUAGCCAAUCUGAUCAACUUCCUGGUGUUCCUGAGGAAGGGGCGCCACCCGUCUCUGACAGAGAGGAUCCUGGGUAUCCGUGCGGUGUUCAGUAAGCCCCAGGCGGUCCGAGAUGUAGCCUUCCAGUACAUGAAUAGAGAGCUGCUGUGGCACGGCUUCGCUGAGUUCCUCAUCUUCCUUCUGCCUCUAGUCAACGUGAGGAAGAUCAAGACAACCAUGUAUUCACUGCUCUCCCCCCUGGGAGUGGGUGAGGGUGGGGAGGAGGGGGUGAGAGAGGGCUCAGCGGUAUGGAAGGAGUGUGGUCUGUGUGGGGAGUGGCCUACCAUGCCUCACAUGGUAGGUUGUGGUCAUGUGUUCUGUUACUACUGCAUCAAGAGUCACUCCAUCGCCGACGCCUACUUGACAUGUCCUAAGUGUGGCGUGGAGGUCGGGGAGGCAGAGCCUGUCAAACUGCAGAUCGAGAUGACGGACAUCCACGCUAGA